CCUUGUAGUUAUUUUUAGGAAGUAUUAGUUCCUCUCUUCCUGUGGUGGUGUACUUGGAUUAGGAAGUACAUGUCUGCAGCAAAAGCCCAUAGACUCUUCCUCUCCUGACAAUGGCUGGAAAGCAUGAAUUAACUAACUUCGUUUCAUUAAAACAGUACUCAUAAGAGUUAUUAGCUCUUCAGCAUUUAGGCAACGACUAUCUCUGAAACCCAUCUCUCUUAUCACUUUGCAUAUAAUGCACAAAUUAGAAUAUGUUGUGAAUUAUAUCAAAAUCUUGCCCCAAAAGCUAAUCAUGAUCUGACUAUCUGUGCUAUUUAUUUUUUAAAAAGACCACAAAAAAUGGUUGUUUGAUAUCUGCCACACUCCUGUUCUAUUUUCCAUAGUGACUUUGUCAUCCAGCUCACUUGAGUAACCGGCCACUGUAUUAAUCUUCAAGUGCUUGGCUAAUUUUGUUCUGGUAUGUAGACACUUGUGUUGUCAAAGUUUAUUUUAGGGUUAGGCAUUUGCUUUCGUAAAGCCAAGGCAGCCUAUGGAUAUUCUCAUCAUAUCUAACUAUAAGUCCAAGGUAGGUUUGGUCCACACUUAUUAUAUCCAAAAGCCGCGUUCCUUACAUUGGCAAACUACAAAUCCCAGCAUUCAACACGGGGAGUUUGGGCAGCACUGCUCGACUCUCUCGGGCGCGGAGCUGCUGCUUGUUAGGCGCCCCUACAGCGGGAUUGGGAAGCCGUCACGGAACUGACUGGAUACUCAUUUUUACCAACAAGGAAAUACAGCGCAGCAUUUCAGUCCAUUAGUCCUUUCUGUGGUCGUUUUUCAACAUGGGUAAUGGCAUUAAUAAGGUCCUGCCUGACUUAUACUUGGGAAAUUUCAAAGAUGCAAGAGACCGAGAACUGUUAGCCAGAAACAACAUCACACACAUCCUGUCCAUUCAUGACAGUGCAGCUCCUAUCCUCCAGGAGAUGACCUAUCUCUGCAUUUCAGCUGCUGACCUGCCCACACAAAACCUGACGCAGCACUUUAAACAAAGUAUUAUGUUCAUGCACGAGUCCCGCCUGAAAGGAGAAGGCUGUCUCGUUCACUGUUUGGCAGGUGUGUCCCGCAGUGUCACCUUGGUGGUAGCUUACAUCAUGACAGUGACAGGACUGGGUUGGCAGGAGGCACUGGCUGCGGUGAGGGUGGCCCGGCCCUGUGCUGGCCCCAACCUGGGCUUCCAGCGGCAGCUCCAGGAGUUCGAGGCUACUCAAGCUCAUCAGUUCAGAGAGUGGCUACAGAAGGAAUAUAAGGACAACCCCUUCAAUGAUGAAGCUGAUAUACGUGACUUGCUUGCCAGAACCUCCAAAGUCAAUGGGGGGGAGGUGGAAAAACAGGCAUCUACCCCACCUGGAGAGAUGAACUUGGAGGAGGAUAGCGGCCUGUCAGUCAGUUGUGGCAAUGGCAAACUGAGACAGUGGCUUAUUGAUCAGAUUGACAGCAGGAGAUAUCCCGGCCUUGUUUGGGAAAAUGAUGAAAAAAACAUCUUUAGGAUUCCGUGGAAACAUGCAGGAAAACAAGACUAUAACAGAGAGGAGGAUGCUGCACUCUUCAAGGCUUGGGCAAUGUUCAAGGGGAAACAUAAGGAAGGUGUGGACAAGCCAGAUCCACCCACAUGGAAGACAAGACUACGUUGUGCUCUUAAUAAAAGCAAUGACUUUGAUGAGUUGGUAGAAAGAAGCCAACUGGACAUCUCAGAGCCCUACAAGGUCUACAGAAUCAUUCCAGAGGGAGCCAAAAGAGGAAUGAAGAUGAGCAGUUUGGAGGAGACAGCAUCACACGUAAAUGCCUUUGGCUAUAUUCCUCCAUAUACAUCUCUGCACAACCAGGUAUCCAGCUAUAUGGUUUCUCAGGAGAGAAGGGACUGGAGGGAUUACAAACAACCAGAACAACAACCCCUUCCUCCUACACAUCACCAUGGACCUCAUGCAGACCUGCAGUAUGGCCAGUGCCACUACCCUUCACCCAUCAGCCGGGCUUGGCCUGGCUCACACACAGAAAAUGGUUUUCAGCUCUCCUUCCACACCUACUUUUCAGAGUCCCAACCCCCUGUGUAUACAAUGGACCACAACAAUGCCAUAACAGAUUUCAGCCUGCAUGUGUCCCUAUUCUACAGAGAGUCUUUGGUAAAGGAGGUUACCACCAUCAGCCCAGAAGGUUGUCGAAUCACCUCUUCCUCCUCCUCCUCUCCAUCGUCCUCUUCCUCUUCUUCCCCAAGCUCAGAGGACAAGUUUCACAGUGGGGCAGAAAUCAUUCUCUUUCCAUUCCCGUACCCUGAGUCUCAGAGGCAGGGCGCUGAGAUGCUUCCUAACGUACUGGAGAGGGGAGUGCUUCUGUGGAUGGCCCCUGAUGGGUUGUACGCUAAGCGGCUUUGCCAGGGACGAAUAUACUGGGAAGGACCUCUGGCUCCAUAUAUGGAUAAACCCAAUAAGCUGGAGAAGGAGCAGCCAUGCAAACUUUUUGACACCCAGCAAUUCCUUGUUGAACUUCAAGAUUUUGCCCAUAAUGGACGACAUGUACCGAGACACCAGGUGGUACUAUGUUUCGGAGACGAGUACCCCGACCCACAGCGUCCAAGGAAGUUGAUCACGGCACAGGUGGAGCCAAUGUUUGCCAGAAAAUUGGUGUACUAUUACCAGCAGAACAAUGGCCACUACCUGCGGGCCUAUGAUCACAUCCAGGAACAGAACACCUCUCCAACAAUCGACUAUCCUUCCCAGAGACCUCUACAGCAUAUUCAGGAGUGACAAGAAUGCACAUACACGAGGGCGUGAAUGUGAAUGUAAACCUCUGACCAUUCAUGCCUUGUGACUGUUGUGACUGCAGUGCUGUGUACUGUAAAUUGUAGAAGCUGUCACGGUACUCAGGGUUAGAGAUGGGGAAGACCCUGUUGUUUUCACUUGCACACCUAUGCGUCGUAGUCUUUGUGUCUGUAACUGUGGAGUAUUGUUUUUUUUUUUCUCUCUACAAGUAUUAUUGUGACAGUGUGAAGGAUGCGGUUUGAGGGUGGGGGGAUGAGGGGAGCAGAGGGCGACUGAGACAGGAAGUACUAGCACAGGUGCACAGGAAGAAUGGCCCCUAAGACAAACACUGAUACGUCAAAGGGAUAAAACAGAGUAUGAAUGAAUACAUAUUGCAUUUUCACAGGUAGCAGUUGACAAUUUGAUUGUUCCACUGACACACUGGAGUGGUACUGAAGACAAUUAUGCACUCUUCCUCUUACUUAAACUCCACAGUAGUACUUGAUAUGCUAAAUGAAAACAUAGGCUUAGUGAACAGUCAACAAUAUCAGUGCAUAGUCUUUUGUAGACCUGAAUUCUGAGUUUCAUUGCAAAAAAAAAAAAGCUACACCUGGAAUGUAAGAGAAAUCAAUGUUAUCACUGGUCUAGUGGUGUAGUAGAGGAAGCUGUUUCCCUCUUGGCUGCUACACGUAUUGCAGGACACACUGUCAAAAAUCUAUUUCUACUAAAUCUGGUCUACUUUUAAAAAAUAUCUUAUUCCUUUAAACUAUGUCAACUGUUAAAACGUAAAUCUAAAAAAUAGCUUGUAGGUGGUAAUCAAGAUAAAUGAACUAGCUUGCGGUUGAUUUGACAUACAGUAUAGUAAGAUAUGCCACCCACGCAUCCACUUCAUGUACAGUACGUGAUAAUUUGCUGUUUUUUGCAAAAUUUUUCUUAGGUGACAGUCACUGACCACUUUUGAAUGUUGGUAGUAAUUUAAAGCCAUUAAAGGUUUGAUUACACAUGGAUCUUAUGGUUAUUAGAAUGAGAAGUCAAACCUGUAUUUUAAGUCACAUAUAUAGAAAAUUCAAAGCAUAGAAUUGCCUGCAGCACAUUAUUACUGAGCAGCUUGAGGCUCAAGGUGCAUUUGACCAGAAAGACUGGCCUUUAUGGGCAGCCUCUGCGGGAAGUAGACUGGAAAAAUGACACUCAUCCUGUAACUUGAAGGGAAACUGUACUGUACCUGUUCCUCUUGAUCUGAAACUAGCGACCUCACAAAUGGGAAGAAAAACUACCUUUGUGGUCAGUUUGCAGGUUCAGCCAGGGAGGUGCUCUCUGGUUCCCAUGCCUGAGGCCCAUGUAUCAUCCACCAAAAGCAGUCCUGAUUCCUGAAAUGUCAGUUACCUAUUUUGAAUUUUACACAUUGACGCAAAAUGCAAAAGUGAGUAUGGCAGAAUUCCUCGUGCUGUUUAAGUCCUAAAGGCUGCAGUAGGGGGGAUAAAGGUUUUGUUAUGUUUUUCUUCUGUGGUCCAGAGUUUCGAUCUCUGCAUUUACUUCCUUCACACUUAAACCACAUCACUUUCACAAACUCUGACCAAAAUCACAGACGGGAAUGUUUUUCUUUCUUUCUCUCUUUUUUUGUGAACCAUAAAUCCUUAUUUCUCUCAUACAUCCAGUCAGUCCCCCUGAUUCUCUGCCCCGUGAAAUUUUGUUUCCCAUUACUUCAAAAUCAGACAUUUGACUCAAAAUCAAAUCCUAAUAGUGAAAACGUUACCUGCUCAAUGUACAGUGUGCUGUUGUAUAAAAACCCUGUAUAUGUGUAAAGCCACGUGUGUUCAUGUGUGUGGGUGUGUACAUGUGUGUGUCUCACAGUUGCGGUAUGACUGUUAUCAGGAAUUGACAUUUAUGGACUCAGGAUAAAACAUGUGACUCCCCCACCUACAACGGUAGUGACUCAAAUACAGACUAACAUCACACGUUACAGUUACAGUAAAACUGUCUGAAAGCUACAGAGGAAAUCCCAAAAGCAUGCAUACUGAAAAAAUAUUCUUGUCUUAUCUUAAAUAAACCUGUCAAUCUACUACUCAA